CUAGCCUGACAAAGCUUUGUCGUUCUGAACGAGCUAUGGCUGGCACGCUUUGUUGACUAAAGUGGCCGUGGUAUUGCAUUACAUUAGCGUUUUCGCGACGCGACGGCGACUACCACUACAAUUUCUAUUAAUUAUUCUUACGGGUUGAACAAAAGUGGUCGCGGUCGCUUCCCGAGGGGAGACUUAUUCGCGGUUAGCUAACGCGAACUUGUUAGCUCCGCUCAGCUAGGAUGUCGCUGCACGGAAAGAGAAAAGAAAUCUACAAAUACGAGGCGCCAUGGACGGUCUACGCAAUGAACUGGAGCGUGAGGCCGGACAAACGCUUUCGCUUGGCUCUGGUUUAUGUGUCUGCGUAGGUCCAGCUGGUGGGUCUCGAAGAAGAGAGCUCAGAGUUCGUGUGCAGGAACACGUUUGACCACCCGUACCCCACCACCAAGAUCAUGUGGAUCCCAGAUACUAAGGGGGUCUACCCGGACCUGUUGGCCACCAGCGGGGACUACCUGCGCAUCUGGAGGGUCAGUGACACGGAAACGCGUCUUGAAUGUUUGCUAAACAACAACAAGAACUCAGACUUCUGUGCACCGCUUACGUCCUUCGACUGGAACGAGGUGGACCCUAACCUGCUGGGCACAUCAAGCAUUGACACCACCUGCACCAUCUGGGGCCUGGAGACAGGGCAGGUUCUUGGCCGCGUCAAUCUGGUGUCAGGGCACGUCAAAACGCAGCUCAUCGCCCAUGACAAAGAGGUGUAUGACAUCGCCUUCAGCCGGGCGGGCGGCGGUCGCGACAUGUUCGCCUCGGUGGGCGCCGACGGCUCGGUGCGCAUGUUUGACCUGCGGCACCUGGAGCACAGCACCAUCAUCUAUGAGGAUCCCCAGCACCACCCGCUGCUGCGCCUCUGCUGGAACAAGCAAGACCCCAACUACCUGGCUACCAUGGCCAUGGAUGGCAUGGAGGUUGUGAUCCUCGAUGUGCGUGUGCCGUGCACGCCGGUGGCUCGCCUCAACAACCAUCGCGCCUGUGUCAAUGGCAUUGCCUGGGCGCCGCACUCCUCAUGUCACAUCUGCACCGCAGCCGACGACCACCAGGCACUGAUCUGGGACAUCCAGCAGAUGCCGCGAGCCAUCGAGGACCCCAUCCUGGCAUACACGGCCGAGGGCGAGAUCAACAAUGUGCAGUGGGCCUCCACGCAGCCCGACUGGAUCGCCAUCUGCUACAACAAUUGUCUGGAGAUCCUACGCGUCUGAAUGGGAAGGAGGGCUUUUUCCUCCCUGCUUCUUCCAGUGGACUCUGAGUGAACUGUUUCGAGUGGCUGUACUGUACUCCGCAAUAAGCCUGGCUUUUUUUUUUUGUCUGUGAUACCAUUUUUCUUCUUCUUCUUUGUCUUCUUUGCCUUCUUCUCCCCAGUGUGUUCCAGCUCUAUUUAUUCUGCUCUCCAGGUAGACAGACAUCUUUUGUCCUGAGGAGCUACAGUUCCACACUGACACGAAAAGGAAUAAUUGCGCCACGAGAUUUAGGAUGGAAAAAUUUCCAUUUUAAAAAAAGUAUCUUUUAGAAGAUUUGUUAACAUUUUCCAGCAGAAAAUCUGUCAUUUUUGAGAGGGGGAAAAAAAAAACGAAGAAAAAAAAGAAAUCAUUUUUUUUCACGGAAUUUGUCAUUGAGAAGUGUAAUAUUAAAAAAAAAAACUUAAUUCAUUAAACAUAAAAUUUAACAGGCAACUCUCUUUCCAAUCAUCAGAAAAUGUAGUUAAUAUUACUAUGUGAUGGGCCAGCAUAUUUGACUUUGUCAGAUAUAUCUUUUAUCUUCGAAAGAAAAUCUCAGACUUAUUUCCUCAAGUGUGAUUUUAAAAACUGCCUUUUUUGAAAAUAUCAGGUUUUCUUUAAUAUUUCAAUUUCUUUCUAGCUAUAUAUUGUUUUCUUGUAAAUAUUUUUUCUUCGUGGGAAAUGCAACUGUUUUCUCAAAACUAGAUUUUUCCAUCCUAGAAAAUCUAUGACUUUUAAUCUGGUGGUAUUAAUAAUGUUCCUUUUCAGUGUGUCCCUGAUAUUCCUUGGUAUCGUAGUGCUUGGAACUAAGAUGUGUGUGAGAUGAUGUUCAUAUUUUUGUUUGUUUGUGUUGCGAAGACGGAAUACAGAUUCUACCGGGUUCUUCUACAGGUGGUGCAAGUGUCGCCACUUUCACCCGUUCCAUGGACAGCAGCAACUCCAGACUUGGUCCAUUUCUUUGUAAACUCAUUUGCUCAUUUCAUCACGUCCUGGCCUGUGCCGGAAAAUUGACUUUUGUUCUCUCAUGUCGUUCCACACGUCGAGAUCGUGUCCUUGUAGCAUGCCAUUACUAGACAAGGGGGGAAAAAGUGUACAUACAUAUAAAUAUAUCCAGCUAAAAUGUCAGAUAGCAAAGUGGUCAAGUUGUAGGCUGUUUUUCUGCAUUAGGUCCUAUGGAAUUUGCGCUAAUAAUAAAUUGUAUUGCUCCAUUUAUAAACUCAGUUUGUAUUUAUUGUCUAUUUUCUAUGUAUUAAACCAUGUUCUACAUUCA